GGUAAUGGUGAGCUUUGAUGUAACCUCCUUAUUUACUAAUGUACCGGUAGCGGAAACUAUAGAGUUGAUAAAACGAAUGGCCGAACACGACGACUCUCUCACCGAGUACAUGAAGAUGAUAGAGUUUUGCCUCACUAGUGGAUAUUUUGUGUGGCGGGGUGAAUACUACUUACAGAUAGAAGGAGUCGCAAUGGGUUCUCCGAUAGCUCCAGUGGUGGCUAACCUUUUUAUGGAAAAUUUUGAGCAGAGAGCGUUGGAGAGCUGCCCACAUAAGCCUAGGCUAUGGUGGCGAUAUGUCGACGACGUGUUUGCCGUAGUGACAGGCAGAGAUCUAGACCCGUUACUUGCCCACCUGAACGCGCAGCAUCCCAAGAUUACGUUCACUAUAGAGAAAGAGUGUAAUGGGGCUCUACCUUUUCUGGAUGUCUUAGUGCAGCGGGACGAACGUGGCCUUUUGACUCAUACUUAA